UGUUCCCGCCGUCCGGGUACGUCCCCGACGAGUGGGCGCUGCCGGUCUUCCCGGCCGCCGUGUACGUGCCCGACGAGUGGGAGCUGCCGCGCGCGAGCGUGACGCUGGGCCGCGAGCUGGGCCAGGGCUCCUUCGGGAUGGUGUACGAGGGCCGCGCGCGCGGCGUGGUGGCGGGGGAGGCGCACACGCGCGUGGCCGUGAAGACCGUGGCGGAGGGCGCGAGCCUGCGCCAGCGCCUCGACUUCCUCAACGAGGCGGCCGUCAUGAAGGGCUUCGCCUGCCACCACGUGGUCCGCCUCCUGGGCGUGGUCUCGCAGGGUCAACCCACGCUCGUCGUCAUGGAGCUGAUGGCGCACGGGGACCUCAAGAGCCACCUGCGCUCGCUGCGCCCCGACGCCCAGGUGAGAGCGCGCCCGGGCACGCGCGUGUGCAAGCGGGGGCGCCCCGCCCCC